AUGGCCAAUCAAUCUUGGAUCAACAAAUAUGACCAUGCUGAAGCUGUUUAUCUUAAUGAAUGGUUAUUUGAUCACUCCUUUUGUAUUCUAACCCUUUAUCCUGGUUUAGCAUGUGGUAAGAAGCCUUUCAAAUACUUUAGAAUGUGGAAAUCACAUCCUAAGUAUGAAGGCUACUUAAAAGAGACUUGGUCACAGAGAAUUGAGGGAACUGUUAUGUUCCAGAAAGCUAAGAUAACAUGGUUACAAGAUGGAGAUUGUAAUACUACUUUCUUUCAUGCCAGUAUUAAACAUAUGCUGAGGCAAAAUCGAAUUCUCGCAAUAGAACAACAGGAUGGGAGUAGGAUACAUGAUCCUACAUUGAUAACUACAGCUUUCCUGGAAUUUUACAAGAACUUAGGUGGCGUUUGGUUGGAGGAUAACUGGGAAACUAUUGGUGAUGAAAUUUGUAAAGCUGUGAAAUCAGUCUUGGAAUCAGGUAAAAUUCUUAAAGUGAUCAACUCAACAAUAAUUACCUUAGUUCCCAAGGUUAAAUGCCCAAAUACAGCCAAGGAUUUUAGGCCAAUUACUUGUUGCAAUGUUAUCUAUAACAUUGCAACUAAGCUUUUGAGCUCUAGAAUCAUGACAAUCUUACCUGAAAUAAUAUCUCACUCCCAAGGUGGUUUUAUUAAGGGGAGAUAUAUUGGGCACAACAUAAUGAUAUGCCAGGACUUGGUGAGGCAUUAUGGAAGGAAAUCUAACAAACCAAGCUACAUGAUCAAGCUAGAUCUUCAAAAAGCAUAUGACACUAUUGAGUGGGCUUUCAUUGAAGAAAUGUGA